AUGGUCUCAGUGGCAGCGCAGUGUGGCCAUAUAGGUCUGGGCAACACGUACAGCAGUUACCCUGUCAACAACCACUAUGACGCCAAGAACACGUACAAGGACGGCUACCUGUUCGACCUGAACAAGUACCCAAUCGACACCGGCCCGCGAUACGACGACUCCUUUUUCGGCGUGCGAAAGUCGCCGUACAACUACGGUAGUUACGGCAACGGCGACUACGGCGGUGGUCGCUACGGUAAUGGCAAGGAGCCAUACAUCGGCAAGGACACGGGGAGUCCAGACUAUCGCUAUGGUAACGGCAAGGAGCCAUACAUCGGCAAGGACACGGGGAGUCCAGACUAUCGCUACGGCGAUCGUGCGGGCCAACGUUACGAUAUUUCCUCGCAGGAUGGAAGCUACAACAACUGGGAUAACAAGUUUUAUGGCCGGGAAGGGAUUGACGUCUCUGGCCAGCCGGCGCCGCGGUGGGAUGUGAGCCGGGAGGGGGAGAGCAGUGUGCCGGCGCCCCAAGAGCCGGUCAUGCUCAACACGCACGGUGGGAAGAAGGGCCCACAGCUUGGCCCGCGGCCGCUCGCCGCCCCGGAGCCUACCAUGCACUCCGGUCAUGAGUUGGCGAUGGGGGCGAGUCAGUCUCACGGCCAGAUCUCCCCGGCCCAACACUACGCCGCCGGUCAGGCGGCGGACAAUGACGACAGCAAUGGCGCCCCCUAUGGGCAAAAUCUUCAAGGCACACAAGACAAGCUGCCGCCGUACCAGCCCCAGGGAGUCCAGCGCAACGACAUGUACGACCAGUCUAUUCAUGACAGUAACCGCGGAGGUAACCAGCUGCAGCCAGAUAGGAAUCGGGGAGCUGUGUUAGGGAAUCGGGGAGCUGUGUUAGGGACUCUAGGGCAAGGAUAUCAGCAGCAACCCUAUCAGGGCGAUGUCCAGCAGGAGGCAGCACGCGUUCCUCCGCGCGAGUACGCGCCCGCCAACCAGCCACCGCCAGAGCGGACGGGCGCCGAUAGCGGUGCCAUCCACCAAGAGGGCGUCGCCGCUGCCGCAUCAGACCCUGCAUCGGUGACCCCCGGCAACGCAUCGUCGGGCGGCGCGGCGGCGGCGGCGGAGAAGGAGCCGGGCAAGCCGGCGGUCAUGCACCUGCACAUGGACGUGCAGGAGCAGCAGGUGCAGCUCGAAGAGGAGGUGUUCUCGCCUCAGGCCGCCGAGAACUCGGGCGCGGUGCUCGCACUCUCGCUCGGUCUCGCCGUCACCGCGCUGCUGCUCGCGUUCGUCGGCUGCCGGCUGCGCAGCUUCAAGCGACGCGCGCGACGGCGCGGUCCCCUCAACGUGCACGACCCCGACUACCUUAUCAACGGCAUGUACCUGUAG